AUGCACGCGUCCGCGCGCUUCUCCUCUUCCUUCGCCUCAUCCAGGAAGGCCAUUGCUGACGUUUCUGACGCCGUUGCACGGUCGUCCUAUCGGCCUCUCUGUGGGAAGAAGCAUCUGGGUUCUCCCUCUGCUCAGGAUCCACCCAAGGUCCAGAAGAGAUUAACAAAAGAAGAAAGAAGGGCCAGGGUAGAGGAAUUUGUUGAAAAUUACAGGGCAUCACAUGAAGGAAAAUUUCCGUCUGCUACAUAUGUUCGUAAGCAGGUUGGAGGGUCCUACUACGUAUCAUGGGCAUUACUCCAGGAACUGGAGUACAAUUCGAGACUGAGGAGUGAUGUCAGUGAUGCCUCUUUCAACUCAACCAGAGAUGCCAGGACCAGCUUCGAGGGCAUAAAGGAAGAGACGGAUCUACCCGAAGUCCACAAGAGGAUGACAAAAGAAGAAAGAAGGGCCAGGGUAGAGGAAUUUAUUGAAAAUUUCAGGGCUUCACAUGAAGGAAAAUUUCCACAUGCAACACAUGUUCGUCAGCAGGUUGGAGGGUCCUACUAUACAGUGCUGGCAUUACUCCAGGAAUUGGAGUAUAAUUCAAGACUCAAGAAUGAUGUAAGAAAUGCCUCUUUCAGCUCAGAAAACUUCAAGGAAAAAUACGGGCUCCACAAUAUCGAUCUCUCUCCAAGAGUUGCUACUACCAACUUUCAGGGUGUAAAGGAAGAAACGGCUAAAACCUCGGAACCUCUGGAUCUAAAUACUAAGCCACAACUUCCAGAAUGCCAUGGUAAAGCUGGAGCUGCCAAGCCAAACUUAUCCCCAACAACUUGUUUGGAGGAUAAAAGUGAGCCAAUGGCAUCAGGUCAAACUGAAAACAACAAUGUGGUUAAGGCACAAAACCUCAAGAGCCCUAAGCAUGCGCAUGAAGCAUCGAAGGGGGCAAAUCUGUGGGGCAGCCUGAAAUCCUUUGCUGGUGGACUCAGGAUCUUUUGGAACAGUCUGUAA